AUGGAAAUGUUUUUCUAUGAAAGUUGGGACGAUAUAAAGAAAACGAUUAACCCUCUUGCUGAUGCCAUGCUUCAGGAGGACUUAAGUGUGGGCAACUAUUGUACUGACACUGAACAGAAGAAUAAAGAAGCUUGCAAGCUCAUUGUUAGAGGUUUGAAGAGUAUAUAUGAAAUUAAAGUGGAAGGGAAGGAUGGGGAUAAAGAUGAACAUAAAAAAAAUAAUAGACUAUUUGAGCAAACUAUGGAAUGCUUUAUAUUAAAUGUAUAUGCAGAACUCAUUAAAGAAAGGUGUCCUACUACGGGAGAUACCGUACAGAAGGCCUUUACUAACCAGGGGAAUCUCCACACAAGUGCGUGUGCGCAGGAGCCAUGUAAUAAAUGUAAAUGGGAAGAAUGUAAGAAUAUGACGGUUGGGAAGGGAAAACUAUGGGAUAGAAUAAAAACGGAACUCCGGGGGGAUGGCAAAAUGCAGGUAACUCUGGAUAAAAUAUGUCAGGCUACUUCGCAAGCGGCACCUAUCCCUAAGAAGCAGAAACCUGAACGUAAGGAAACGGACGCCCCUCAACCUGUACCGGGGGUGCCUGUUUCAGGAGAGGUAUCAUCAAACACACAGGAGGACGUAACGAAGAAGGUUGAACCUAAAAGUAAAGGAAGUAAGACUGCGGAAACUGUUGAUAAAUAUAAUGAUGUUGUUGCCCUCCUUGAUGAAUUAGAUAAGAAGCAUGAUCAUAAGAAUUCAAAUGAUGAUAAAGAUGAUUACCCGGGGCAGGGCAUCUGGGUAUCGUCAGGUGGCAGAGCAGGUGAAAUAGAUGUAGUUCAGGGUAAAGCGCAACUCCCUUCUGGUCCUUCUCAUACAAGUGCAGAUCCUGUUAUCUCAAAUGGUCAAACUCCAAGCACAGGAACAGACACCCAAAAUCCUCAGACUUCCAGUUCUCAUGAUCCAGGUAAUAAUAAUAAUAAAAAGAAAAUAAGCACCCCUAAAAAAUGUGUGCAGCCUACAAGAUGCAUCUAA